AUGACGGAACGUCGGAAUGCUUCGACAGAGAGGAUCACCGUCACUUAUGCGGCAUCACAAGCUCUGCUAGCCGCACCUCUCACGCCGCACUUUGUCCACCUUCUCAAGGAGCAGCUACCGCUUCGCAACCUUCACUGGCGCCCAAGCCAGGCGACACUCGAUGCUGCGGCGGCGCGUGCUGCUCAGCAGGGCAAGUCCACCUACGCCUCUUCGUCCGUCGUUCCAGGCUCGACAAUUCGCACAAUCCAGACUCUUGAUGUCUCUCUCAAGCCGCUCACGGACGAGAUUCGACGCUGGCGCGGGGAUCCAGGCUACUUCGAACAAUCGGGCUCGGCGGGACUUCUCGAUCGACCCUUUGUCCAUCUCUAUCUUGUGGUAUGCGAGGACAGCGAGCACUACCGCACCACCGUGCGCAACGAGAUUCGCUCGUGGAUCAGCAGCCUCUCCUUUUUCCACGCCAAGCAAGCAGCGCAAUCAUCGUAUACCUCUUCUUCCGUCGGCACGCCCACGCUUGCGUCUUCUUCCAGGACUUCCCUCGCGCUCGGCUCUUUUCGCUCGGCCACCCCCCCUGUCCGCUCCGACACUCCGCCCACUGCAGGCACCAGCUCCGGUCCGAACACACCCACCAACCAAGGCGCACCGGCCAAAUCCAGUGUCACCGUAAGUGGCCCGACAGGUCCCACCGAGCCCGAAUACCUCAUCGUCCUCAUCACCCCACCGGAAGGCGCGGGCAUCCUUGGCCUAGCUGGUCCUGGUGCUACAAGCGCAGAUCAAAAGUCAGGUAUGAGUCGCUUCAUGACCAAGUCCAAAGGCAAUGUGCUCGAAAAGGCUCGUGCCGACUUCAACACGUCCAAAAAGGAGCAUGUCGUGCAGCUCUCACGCCUGCCUCCUGUGCCUGCUGUCCCACUCGGCAGAUCGGGUCUGCACUCGAUGGACCCCACCAUCUGGGCAGAGCUGCUCACCAAGAUGCGCGAGGCCGCCUCGUCAACCUUCACCACCACCAUCGAAGCCCAAGAGCAAGAGAUCGCUCGCUGCGGCGUCACUCGAGGGCAGCAAGGAUGGGACUUUUGCAGCUACUUCCUCGCCAAGGACUCGCUUGCACGGACGCUCGAAGCCGUCGGGCUCAAGGACGAUGCCGUGGGACAGUACGAGGAUCUCGAGAUCGUCUUUGCACAGGCUAUGCAGAGCGGCGCCGUCUCCUUUGCUGCCGUAGGGGGAGACGACCACGACGACGACUCGCUUCCGCUCUUGGAUGUGACCAAGAAGCCAUACGCCGAUCUGAUCCGACGACGCGAGAUCUCGCUCUUCGACUUUCGCUGCUACCUCUUUGCUCGUAAGUCGGCGCUGCUGGGAAAGAUGGGCAGAGUCGCUGCCGUCAUGCGCGAAGCUCCUCUCUUUAUCAGCGCAGUGGGCAGGAUGCUUAGACGCAACAAGAGGCUCAGCAGUCAAUGGAUCGAGUCUUGGAUCUUUUCGGCCGUUCUCGAUGUCGUAGAGCAGUGUCAGGCAUGGCUCAUUCAACGCGGUGCACAGUCAUCACCGUCGACCGAUGACCAGCUGAGCCCAGCAUUUCAUUCAAACAAGGCUGAACUGCUGGACGUAGCCAGACGCCAGCUCGACUGCAUCGGUAUCGAAGCCGGUCACCUUCCAGCCACCGAGCCCUUCGCGUUUGCCGCAACGGAUAAUGUAGAUGAUGGCUCUGCAGCAUCAGAGUCAAAGGAGCGUGAUCUCCCUCCACUUCCCGACACGGCUGCCAACAGCUCUGUAGAAGGCCUAGGCGCAGCGGUGGUGCUCGACCAGAAGCGUGGCACCUCUCGGCCGGAGCUGCAGCAAGCCGUCAAGUCCAGAGAGCACUUUGACUCGCACUACCUCGCUCUGUGCGAACGCAUCCGAACGGGGUGGAAGGCAUCCUCGCGCACACGCGACGCGUUGCACAUCCGCACCAUCGUCACAACGCUCCACUAUCUGCGAGGUGAGCAUCAGCUCGCUUACGACAGUCUGCUUGGGCUCACUGAGGCAUAUGCGAGUGCUAAGUUUAUCGCGCUCGAACAACGCUCGCUUGCCAUGCAGCUCGAGUGCCAUGCCAAGCUCAACAAAGCUAAAGAUCGUGCGUGGAUUGCAGCUGCGUUGGCAGCGCUGAAAGUCAGCGUGCAAGUGGGCAAUUCGAGUCGAAGCGUUGAUGCGGAUGCAGCCAGGUGGACCGAGCCGGCAUAUUUGUGCGAGCAGCUGCGGGCAGUCUCUUCGGCAUUGGGAAAAGAGGUUCCGGUCAGCGGUUUCCCGCUGUUUUCUAUCUCGGUCUCAAAGCCUUGCGCCAAGCCAGCGGAGACCGAGGACGGUACGUUGCUGCAAGUGGACGUCACGUCGUUGCUGCCCUGUGUGCAGGUGGUUGAUGAUGUGCGUGUCUGUCUGAUUACGGGCGGCGAGACAUUGUGGUACACGUCGUCUCAAAUCGAGCUUGCACCAGGCACGACGAGCGUUGAGUUGUUUUGCCCGCACCCCGCACACGGUGUCUACACGGUAGACGUGACGCAGAUCCGUAUCGCUCGGCUCAUCUACCAGUAUGAGCAUGCGUCUGCUGCUUCAGAGGUAGAACCACAGAUUGUGCGCGUGCCGAAAGAAGGUGGUGCGCCGAGCGUCUCUGCUGGUCUUCCGCGUCGUAUUGAUUUGGACCAGCCCAGGGCGAUCGAGGUGACGGUGCGAGCGGGGCGGUAUGAUAUCGACGUUGCCGAGUUCAGCGUUGCCUCUGCCGAUGGCGCUGCACUGGUAGAUCAUCAAGGAGCUAAGCUCGCCAGCAAUGCGCAGGCAGAUGGUGUGUCUCGGAUUGAGCUGGGCUCAGCUGCAUCAGUUACAGUCAAGCCGCUGCGGACGGGCCGCGAGGCAGUGGUCGUGUUACCGUUAGCUCAACUGCCUGAAUCAGGUAUCCUUGAUGCCGUCAUCGUUCUAAAGUACAGCACCGCCUCGUCCUCCGCCAGUGAGUCACAACGCCACCCGGCAGGCAAGGCACGCACACUCAAAGCUACAGUGCAGCUCAAAACCGCCUUACCGCUGGGCGUGAACGUGCAAGACUUCUUCCGCACCUCGUGUCUGCUCUCCAAAUUCACCAUCUCAGCCGGUGGGGGCGGGAGCAUUCGACUCAAGCCUGUCAGCAUGGUUCACGAUGACGGCGCUGCCGAUAAUCCCACCGUGCAUGGGGCGUACGCGAUCGAAUCGUGCGGAUCGCAAAGGGAGGCAACGGUGACACCACGGCAGCCGGCGACGUAUCUGUUCCGACUUUCGCGUCCCAGUUCCGCGGACCAAAGGGAAACGCGUCUGCGAUUGGUGGUGCAGUACCGCGCGUUGCAGGAGGAUGCGGUGGGUGCGGCGGUGCGGGCGUUGGAUAGCAUCGUGGAGAAGAGGGCACUGCGGGGUUUAGAGAGCGGAACGGCGGGGAGGAAGUUGCUGGAAGAUGCACUGGUGAGGUAUGUGAGGGACCGGCUGGAUCUGCCAGCAUUUUCGAUUACGGGCCAGGUGAAGACGGGUGUGGUCGACGAAAGGUGGUGGCGAAUGGAGCGGCGGUCGUGGGGGCAGUGUGUGCUCGGGCUGGAUGCGGUGCGGGAGCUGGUGCGCGAGACGUUGGAUGUGAUUUCGCCUGGUGUCGAGGCGGCAGGAGAAGAGGUUUGGCAGGAGUUGACGAUUCCAGUUGACGUGCCGAGUAUCGACUUUGUCAAUGCGGUCACGCUAAGCCUGGACUCCACCCUCACUGUUGCAGACACACUGGAAGCAGCGUCGAUCGUCGUGGGCCAACCGGUCGAGUUGACGGUUCGCAUCCGCACGUCCACUCUCUGGUCUUCUGCCGACCAGAAGCAGCUCGACAAGGAAGCGAUGGUGUACGACAUUGUACCAGACUUCGAGACUUGGUUGAUCGACGGCACGAAGCGCGGAAGUUACCCGCUUGAGCCGCAGUCUCUGUCUCCCUCGAUCGACGAUUACACGACACACAGUUUCACGGUUACAGUGGUUCCACUUCGGACGGGCACCUUGGCACUGCCGUCGAUCCUCGUUCGACCGCUCUCGACGAUCAGUGCGCAGGCGGCGAGAGAGGGCUUGCCGACGUGCGAAACGUACACGACCAAUGCGGCGCAGAGGGUCACUGUAGUGCCCGCGCGUUCGGUCAAAGCGUUUUUCGUCCCGGAGGGUCAGUGGCCAGUCGGCGAGAGGGAGAGUUGGAAGAGUGCGGGUGGACUGGAUAGAUUGCGAAACGGUUGGCAAUGUCAGUCGCUGCAGGCUGGUUGA